AUGAUCAUGGCACCUGCAUUACUGAUUCUGUUGUGGGCUAUGGUGAUACCGAGAGCAGACUUACUUCCUGAUAAAAAAUCUUUACUUCUCCCACCUGUCAACUUCACCAUCAAAGUUACUGGUCUAGCCCAAGUUCUUUUACGCUGGGAACCAAAUCCUGAUCAAGAGCCAAAGGAUGUCGAGCUAGGGUAUCACGUGAGAAUAAACGCUCCACAAGAAGAUGAUUAUGAAACCAGAAACACUGAAAGCAAAUGCGUCACCGUUCUUCAUCAAGGCUUUUCAGCAAGUGUGCAGACCAUCCCAUGGAAUGGCGACUCCCUGCUGGCAAGCAACUGGGUUUCUGCUGAGCUUAAAGCCCCACCGGGGUCUCCUGGAACCUCAAUUGUGAAUUUAACGUGUACUACGAACACCACAUUAAAUAACUAUAAUCCCUUAAGGCCAUACCAAGUUUCUCUUUACUGUACCUGGCUCGUUGGCAGGGAUGCCCCUGAGGAUACGCAGUAUUUCCUCUACUACAGGUAUGGCUCCUCGACCGAAGAAUGCCAGGAGUAUAGGAAAGACACGCUGAAGAGAAAUAUUGCAUGCUGGUUUCCGAGGACUUUUAUCAGUGGCAGAGGGAGUGACUCCCUGGCAGUGCAUGCUAACGGCUCAAGCAAGCAUGCUACAAUCAAGCCUUUUGAUCAGCUGUUUGCUCUGCAUGCAACUGAUCGAGUUAAUCCUCCAGUGAAUGUCACAGCAGAGAUUGAAGGAACCCGUCUUUCUAUUCAGUGGGAGAAACCCAUUUCUGCUUUUCCAAAUCAUUGCUUUGAAUAUGAAGUGAAGAUUUACAACACAAGGAAAAAUUAUUUUCAGACAGAAAAAAUGACGACGAAUACAUUCAUCUCGAUAAUUGAUGAUAUUUCUAAGUAUUCCGUUCAAGUGAGAGCAGCAGUGAGUUCUGUGUGCAGACAGAUGGGGUUUUGGAGUGAGUGGAGCCAACCUGUAUAUGUGGGAAAUGAUGAUCAGAAGCCCUCCACAGAAUGGUUUCUCAUCGUGCUUAUGGCAACCAUCUGCUUCAUCGUGUUAAUUUUCACCCUCAUCUGUAAAAUAGGUCACUUAUGGACCAGGCUGUUUCCACCGGUUCCGGCACCAAAAAAUAGUAUUAAAGAUUUCUUUCUAAUGGUCAGCCCUGAGAGAACUGUUUCCAGUGAAACAGAAAUUGAAGUCAUAAGUUAUGUGGAAGAGCCUGGACUUGAGACCCUGGAAGAUUCCGUAUUUUGA